AUGGCACAUACACCAUUAUUAUUGUUAAGUCUUCUUGGAAUAAUAUUAUGUUGUUUCUUCCCCAUUCAAUUUUAUUUUAAUUUAUUAGAUCCAGACAUUGAAUUUAAUGAAAAAAUCAGUUCAUUAUUUAUAUCAGUUGGAUGUAUUUUUGGGAUAUUAUUAUUUAUAUCAACGACAAUUGUUUCGUGUUGUUUUAAUAAAGGAGGUAAAAUAUGUACAAUAAUUGGAAGUAUUUUAGUACUUCUUAUUGGAGGAUUUUUCAUUAUAUUAAGUCAAACUAUGAUGAAACAAAACGAUUUUAGUGAAGACAUAAAUGGAUUACAUAAUAUUGAACUAAAAUCUAAUUGUUGCGGUUGGAAAUCAAUUAAUUUAGAUGGUUGUUAUGCUAAAAAUAUUACUGAUUCGAUUAAAUCAUGUUAUGACGAAAUUGGUUAUCCAAUUCAAUUGAUUUUUAUCCAUUUAUUUGUCUUCUACAUGUGUUAUGUUAUUUAUAUCUUUAUUACUUUACUUCUUAUUAUUUGUUCUUCAACAUCUUCUUCUUCAAAUAAACAAAAUCUUCAAAGAACUGAAUAUUCAAAUAAUGAAAAUUUAAAAGAAGAUUAA